AUGGAUCUGCUCCAUAGCAAUGGAGUGCUCAUAAGUCAGCAUUUGCAGAAGGAUUACAGAUCUUACCAGAGCUUUCUAAACUUCAUGUCACAUGUUGGAGAUCCUCAGAACAUUUUUUUUCCAAUUUAUUCUCGUCUUUGGUUCCAGCUUAAUCAAGUCAUUGCGGCAAAAAUGAUCUGGGUGGCAGUGAUUAGUGAUUUGUUCAAUCUAAUAUUUAAAUGGAUUUUAUUUGGUCAUUGUCCAUAUUGGUGGGUCCAAGAAACAAUGAUGUAUCUGAACCAAACAAGCCCAUGUCUUGAGCAGUUUCCUAUAACAUGUGAAACAGGCCCAGGUCAAGAUAGUGAUGACUUGACACACCCAGCUAUCAGAGACCACAAGGAGGAUGCAACAGAGCUUUGGGUGAUGUCAUGA